AGGUCAGUUCACAUUCAUUAUUAUCACCACUUGAAAUUGGAAGUUUUACUGCAUUUAAUUGACUUGAAACUGGAGCUGAUGUACAGAUCAGAAUAAAUACAGUCUUCUGUGCUGAUUUAAAAAAUGAAUCCAGUCGGCACCAAUAGCAUUACUAUUUGUUUGCCUCCUUCACUGAGUCUGUCUGAGAUAAAUGCAGACAACCUCAGAAAUGUUGUGGAGGCAGCAUGUCAAAACUCACAUGAGGCUUUUAGUCAGGAUGGUGAAAUCAUCCUGUAUGUCAAAGAGCAAGACAUGGACCUUGAUCAACAAUAUAUUUAUGAACCAGUUAGCCAGGCUUUGUUUCAAGAGAAGAUAGAUCAAGGCAUGCUUGAAGAUUCGAUGGGAGAAGUCAGCGAUUCCACAUUAAUCCAGCUCCAUGAGUCUGGAUUACUUCCACAAGAGGCAAUCAUGAUGCCAGUCCAGGAUACUUUGUCAGAGACAGAUGCCAGUUUGAUUCAUGGGCAUGAAAUGGUUCAACAUCUUGCCACUGCCCAGCUUAGCAGCAAUAUUCAACAUAUCAAUAUCCAACAAGGGAGCACAGCUCCUCAAAUCAGUAAUGUCCAACAGAUUGGCAUUGCCCCUCAAGUUAAUACUGCUCAACAAAUCAAUGAGUCUAUUCCGACACAAAUUCAAGAGAAAAGGUUUGUUUUUCCUACCCUUAUGAAAGCACCAACAUUGGUGCAAGAACCUAAAUCAUCCAUUACUACGCUCCCCUUUAAUAAUGAACCUUCCAAAAAAAUAGUUUCACCCAAAGUAGAAAUUGAACAAGAGGAAGAUGAUGAUACAGGAAUGAAGUUUGAUUAUGAAAAACUUAAAAAGCAGAAACUGACGGGACCUCAGGGGUCAAAGAUAUUUGGUUGCAAUGUUUGCUCAUAUAGAUCUGCUACCAGAACUCUGUUGCGGCAACAUAUGAUUAUUCACGCGGAUAAAAAGUUCCAGUGCAAGGAGUGUAAGUACAGAUGCCACACAGCUAGUCACUUGAAACGUCAUAUGUUCACCCAUUCAGACAGCAAACCAAUUCUUUGCUCACAGUGUGGCUACUCAUGCACACAAAACUUUCAGAUGAAGGCUCACCUCAUACAGCAUGAAACAGAUACCCCAUUUGUUUGCAAAAUAUGCAAUGCAGUGUAUAAGAAAGAAGAGAGCCUUAAGGUUCAUAUGUUAGGUCAUGAAAAUGUAACAAAGUUUCGAUGCACUCAAUGUAACUAUGCUGGUAACCGUUAUGGGGAUUUCAAAAGACAUGUGCUUACGCACUCAACUGAAAAACCUUUAAAAUGUACCAUCUGCAGCUACACAUGUAUUCGACAAUGGAGACUGAAAGCACAUAUGAAGAUUCAUUCUCAAGAUAAACCUCUCCUGCAUUGUGAUGUAUGUGAAUUCACCUGCCUAAGUGCACCACGACUUAAGGAUCAUAAGGUUAUUCACACCAAUGAGGGUGUUCUUCGUUGCGAAUUGUGCCCAUUUUUCUGCACUUCACCAGCACGAUUAAAAAGACAUGUUAAAGUGCAUUUAACGGCACCUCAGAAAACAUACACAGGUACAACAUUCCCCCCAGCUUACCAACAAAAGUUAGAAUUAGAGCAAGCAGAGGCAGAAGCUGAAGCAAAUACACAAACAACUUUUGUGAGCAUUCCACCUUCUCAGACAAUGGAAAUGGAAGCAGACUGGGGAGCUGAACAAAUGGAUGAAGAUCAAUUCAAUGCAUUUGCUGCCUUUGCUGGGAAAACUUCUGGGGAGACCUACACAAUCACAACAACUGAUGGAGGCCAGACCUACAUUAUACAAACAGAUUCUCCAGAACAAUUUGCCCAGCAGCUAGCGCAAGCACAGUUUGAACAAGUGCAGCAAAUAGAAACACUGCAAGAUCAAACCCCACAUUAUCAUGAAAUCCAGGAUAUCAAACCCAGUCCCUCAAAACUUAAGGCCAUGUCGAAUGGAGAGGUUCCAAUUGAGAAGAAACCACCUAUUAACCAUUCAAAAUCUAAGAGGUUCCAUUGUGAUCAGUGUGACUUUUCUUGUGAUUACAAGUCGACUUUUUCAGCUCACCAAAAGAAACAUUCUACCAUCAAGAAGUACAAAUGUGCUCAUUGUGACUACAUGUGUAAUGACACAUCACGAAUGAAAGAUCAUCUUCUCUGUCAUACAUCUGAGAAGUUGUUUACUUGUAUGCUUUGUGACUUUUCUUGCAAGCGUAAAAUGGGUCUCAAAGACCACAUGAAAGUGCACACUGGGGAAAAACCCUACCAGUGCAAAGAGUGUGAUUACACCUGCCGCUCAUCUGAAGGCCUCAAAUCUCAUAUGUCGAAACAUUAUGGUGUUAAACCAUAUACCUGUGAUGUUUGUGGACAAGGCUGCUCAUCUGCUUAUCUUUUGAAAAAACACAAGUUUGUCCAUGGUGAAAAGCCAUUGCAAUGUAACUUCUGUGACUACAAAUGUAUUCAGAAGAAACAGCUGACAAAUCACUUGCUACAGCACAAAUACCAGCAUCCGUUCUGCUGCAGUUUGUGCAGUGCCACUUACAAAAAGGAGGAGAGUUUGAAAAUUCACAUGAUGUCCCACCAGAACAUAAGAAAAUUUGCGUGUAACUUAUGUAACUAUGCUGGUAACAGAUCAGCAGACUUCCGAAGACAUAUGCUGACCCACUCGACAUCAAAACCUCUUCAGUGUCCACAGUGCUCAUACUCUUGCAUACGGCAGUCUCGUUUAAAGGCCCACAUGUUAAUCCAUUCACAAGAGAAAAACUUGAACCGUAAACCUGGUGCUCUGCCCAAGGCCUACCGCUGUGCUUUCUGUGAUUUCUCCUGCACUCGUACCUCUAGGCUUAAAUCUCAUUUAUCAAAGGUGCACCUUGACUUACCUGAAAAUGUCAUUUUUAGCAUAGACUUAAAGCAGAUAGAACCUCAAUAGUUUUUUUGUGAUUUCAUUUACAGAUUUAUUUAAAAUUUCAGUUUGAAGUCUUAGUUAGCACUGAUGUUUAAACAGGAGUGAACAUUCCCUGUCCAUCAUAUAGAAUAUGCUAAAAAUAAAAUGGAGAUAAGUUAAGAUUAAUUUUAAAGUCUUCAGUAUUAUUUGUGUCAAGUUACAGUGCCCCAGACUUCAAUUCUUAAUGAAGAUUUUGUCAUUAGUUUGGAAUUAUUUCACUUACAACCUUGGAGGGGAUAUCAUUGUCCCUAGAGUGUUUCCUGAUGUCAUUUUACUAGUAUUCCAUGAAAUUAUCAUAUCCGGCAACAGAAUCUAGCAGGUCACAGUUACCCGGUACUAAAAGUCAAAUUAUUUGUCAGAUUCCUAUCACAUUGUACAGAUAUCACAAUGUUUCUUCUUUCUAUUCUUUUAAUAGUGGUUUUUCAUCAGUGAUGUCUGUCACUGAACAUCACCAUGUAACAGUGCUUUAUCUUAAACUUGUUUCUUGGAUUCUAUAGAACUUAAAAGAUACAAAACUGUCUGCCACAAUUAAGUACCGGUACAUCACUUUUCUAGUAUCUAAUACCCGGUACUUACCAUUUUGCUGCAAUUAGCAAUUUGUUAAAAAAAAUACUGUUCUUAAAUCCUUAAUAGCUACAUUCUCUUAGAGCCAAACAUUGCAGACUAUCAUCAGAACAGUUAUUACUUUGUUGUACCUUCUGAAGCAUUUUGCAACAGUAUUUUAUAAAUAAAACUAGUGUGCAAAUAAAACUCAAUCAGCUUGUGACUUACCGAUGCUUCUAUUAGAUUACAGACAUUGACACUAAGUCUCCUCAGCUGAAAUUUGUUUUUUUAACGUUAUUACAAAAUGAACUGUUGUGUUUUAUUGAUGGUUCUAAAUUUUUGUUCUUUGAAAUAUAGCUCUAAUCUAAUAUAUUUGUGACAUCCUCAUGAUCAUGUUAAGCAUACCCCAUUUUAGCUCUUAAAUAAAUAAGCAACUAUAUUUAUUGUAUAAAAUGUUAAAUUUUUCAUUAAAAUUAAACGAUCAUCUGUUAACUGUAGUUGAGUGGGAGCACAAUGAGUAGCAGAAAUCAAACUAUAUUUGUAUAUGUCUCUAAGUCUAAUUAUUUCUUUGCUUUUUGAAGAAUUAGAAAAUACAGGUAGUUACUUUUGAGUUCUGUUACCGGUACAAAAGUAUAGGAGCUUCUCUUGUUUUUCCAUACAGCUACGACACAUAACUCUUUACAUAUAGGGCAGUCAUUUCUCAUGUAGUAACAUUUUGAUACUGGCAAAAUGCCAUUAUGUCAUCAGCUUACAAUCCUUGUGUGACAGACAUGCAUCCUUGUACAUUAUCAGACUUGACACCUGAUUUUUUAAGGUUGACAGGGACUAUAAUAAAUGGAAUAAUUUAUACAUUAUUAUUAUGCUGAUUGAAAUUGAUGUACUCCUAUUAAUUUAAAAAAAAAAAAACAGUGUAAAUUUGGUUGUCUGCAAUAUUAUGUGUCCCUUUGAGAUGUUGAAAAAUGUCCUUAUCUUUGUAUAGGUACGUUGAUAUAUUAGUUUUUAAUAAAUCUCAACACAUUUCAGUUAACCGGAACUCAAGUUAAAGAUCUACCCUAUUGGAGAUUUCUUAUAGUUGCUUUGUAUUAGUGUUUAGCAUAUCUCAAUAAGGAAAUUAAAAUGUAAAUGAUUUUGUAUAUUUAUUUCCAUUAUUUUCUAUUGGUUUCUUCUGCUCUUUUGAUUUAUGAGUUUUCUUUAAAAAUUAAAUUAUUAAACACUUAUUUAAAUCGAUGCCUUAGUUUUUAAUAGAUUUGUUUAUGUAUAUUUAUAAGUAUAUGUUCCAUAGACAACCGGUAGCACCAAGUCCAAUAGACCACUACUAUUAAGUCCUCACUAUUUCUGUCAAAUAGGAUUGAGAUUUAAAUCCAUCAAUUUAAA